AUUUCUGCACAUUUCCUCUAAUUCUAGGGUAACAUUCGUCCCAGCUGUGAACUGUUACUUUGACAGUGCAGUUGUGAUUUUCCACGUUUAUUUAUUUUUGAUAUUAGUGAUUUGUGGAUGGUUUUAUGUGAGAAUGUUGUGCUAAAAAUGGUGGAAAUCAGGGGAAGAAAAUUGGUGGAUUUCUUAGGCAAACUGCAAUCUCGUGUGACGAUGGUUUGAACGCUACCAACUGAAAUCAGCUCCAAAUCAUAUGUAUUUGCUGUUUUUCAAUUGCUUCCAAAAGACUUCCAAAUUCUACAGAGCCACUGAAUAAAUCUGAACUUAUUUUAUAUCAAACUUUUACCUUCACACCAAUAUUACAUUAUUUAUGGACUGAUUUUAUAUAUUAAGAAAAUACAAUAGAAAAAUGACUGAUAAUUUAGAAAAUUACGGAGGCAGCAGGCUCUUGGAGGGUCUGAGUGGCUACACCAGUUUGCACUUGGAUCAGCUGAAUUUUUUAGUAUCGCAACUUGUAGCCUUGACUAUUGCUGCCCUGUAUAGAACGUUGUUGGGACCGGCAAAAGUUAGCCCUAAAGUUCGACACGUUUUUGGACUUUUGUUUGGAUUAUGGAUGUCGUAUUUUUGCUUCGGCUAUCAAGCUCUACAUCUUGCAGGAUUGCCGGCGGCUUGUUAUCUGGUGAUUUUGACCCAAAAUCCAUCCAUAAUGCACGGCGCUGUUCUUUUCACUGCCAUCUUAUACCUUUCAAUGAUACAUCUGUACAGGCAACUGUUUGAUGACAGUUCUUUCGGCUUGGACAUAAGUGGGCCCUUAAUGGUGAUUACGCAAAAAGUGACCAGUUUGGCAUUCAGUUUGCACGAUGGUAUGGUGGAGAACGACGAAAAAUUGACGGAAACUCAGCGAUCUUACGCUUUGAAGAAGGUUCCUAAUUUACUGGAGUUUUUUAGUUACAGCUUAAUGUUUCCAUCACUCAUGGCUGGUCCAGCUAUGUUCUACAAAGACUACAUAGAGUUCAUUGAAGGCAACUCAUUAAUGGACUUAAAAAAGUCAACGCCGUCCUCUAAGCCAGUUGUGGUGCACGAGCCAAACUUAAUGAAAGUUGUGUUCAAGAAACUGGCCUUAGCGAUAGUUUGCGCUUUAGUAUUCGUGCUAUUUCUUCCACGGUUUCCCAUAACCCGAUUGAAAGACGAGGAUUUUAUCAAUAACACGACAUUCACCUAUAAGUUUUGGUAUUUGUCUGUUGCCACCUCGUUAGUGAGAGCCAAGUAUUAUUUCGCCUGGACUCUGGCAGAUGCGAUUUGCAAUAACGCCGGAAUGGGAUGGGAUGGAAGUUCUUGGAGCCGAUAUACCAAUGUGGAUAUUUUCCGCUUCGAAUUGGGAACUAGCCUGAAGGAGAGCAUUGAAGCCUGGAAUAAGGGCACAAACCAGUGGCUUCGUUUCAUAGUGUACAAGAGAUCGAGCAGCUACUCGACUUUAGCAACAUUCGCGUUGAGCGCAAUUUGGCAUGGUUUUUACCCUGGCUACUACAUCACAUUUUUAAGCGGGGCUUUGUUCACAUUCGCUUCCAGAACCAUGCAUCGACAUCUCAGGCCCCACUUUAUGUAUUCUAGCGAGUCCAAAGUAUUAUACAACAUUAUCACUUUUGCCGCCACCAGACUGGUCAUGGUUUAUAUUACUUUUCCAUUUGUUUUAUUGGAAUUUUCCGGCAGCGUUCUCAUCUAUCACAAACUGUACUGGGUGUUCCACAUUUUCGCCUGUCUCACUCUCUGGAUGGUACCUCAACUUCUGCCUAAAGAUAAAAUGGGGGAAAUGAUUCAGAAAAACGGCAUUGCCAUAGCAUUGAGCAAGGCUGGUCCGUAUUCAGAAGCCGUUGGCAAAAUUGACUGAUUUUAUGUAUUCACUUUUUCUAUGUAUUAUAAUAAAAUGCUGCUGACGGAUAUCUCGAAUAUAUGUAAUCUGCCAGAAUGGGGUUUUAUAACAAAUCUUCUGCAAUGUCUGCUUUAGUUUUCCAACUUAAAGUCCGUCUUCCACUAUUGCUUUGGUGCUAAAUGUUUUGGAGGAGUUUUGUUUAUUUUUAUGAUUUUCACGGUUCUAGCAAACCAAUAAAGAAGAUUUGAGGCAAAAAUUUUCAAUUAAAAGCUACAUCGAAUAUUUAACGUGUAUCUUCUGAUAUUUACCACAUCUGAACGGAAUUAUUUCUUUUACAAUUUAGUGAUGAGCGUCGGCUUGAGGUUUGGGUUUAAUCUGUCAAUAACAACGUUUUAAUGUUACUAAAAUGAGGCUUUUUUAAUAAACGGGUUUAGCGAGUGCCUUGUUUGCAUGCAGUGAAGUUCAAAUGAAGACGAGCGACCUGACUAGUUUAAAUCGAAUGUACAUACACAAGAAAAUGUCUGAAACAACAAGGUAUUUAUUUUAUACUGCUAAUGACCAAAAGGCAGAUUAAAGCACACACCAACUUUAUUUUAUAGGAUAAUCUACUUAUUGAUUGAUAUUGAUAUAUGCCUUCCCAUAUAUUUUGUUCCAAAUGUACAUUGAUCAAAUAAAGGCAAAUGCUACUGCGA